AUGGAUAUUAUUUUGGGUAUAAGGGUGCAGAACACUGUCAUAUUAGCGACUUCUAAAGCUGUGACUAGAGGUAUUUCAGUGCUGAAAGCGGAUGAUGACAAGACUAGACAACUGUCCGAGCAUGUUUUGAUGGCUUACAGUGGAGAGGCAGGUGAUGCCGUGCAAUUCUCGGAGUAUAUUCAGGCAAACAUCCAACUGUAUUCCAUCAGAGAAAACUACGAACUUUCGCCAAAGGCGGUAUCCAGUUUUGUGAGACAAGAACUGGCGAAGUCGAUACGUUCAAGAAGACCCUACCAGGUCAAUGUACUUAUCGGUGGCUACGAUGCACACCAGAAAAAGCCUGAACUUUACCAGAUUGACUACUUAGGCACAAAGGUGGAACUGCCAUACGCUGCGCAUGGGUACUCAGGUUUUUACACAUUCUCGCUACUUGACCAUCACUAUAGACCUGACAUGACCGUGGAAGAAGGCCUCAAGCUGUUAAAGCUUUGCAUUGAAGAGCUGCAGCGCAGGAUGCCAGUUGACUUCAAGGGCGUUUUAGUUAAGGUUGUUGAUGAAAAUGGAGUUCGCGAAGUCGAGGACUUCUAA